CAAUGCAUGCUGGGAAUUGCAGUCCCUCUCCUCAAAGCGGGGCGGAGGGGCGGCCUUGAGGUCAUCAGUGGCUGCCCUGAGCUGCAAGCGCGUGGCGAGAAAGGGGCGGUGCGUGCUUGCCUUCCGCACCUGAGAGGGGCAGCAGCUGCUGGCGCCGAAGUCUCCCGCCGUGACGCCCUCCCGACAUGCCGGAGGAGGCGCGCUUCCCUCCGGCCAAGAGAUUCCGACUCGGCUCCGGGCCCCCGAGCCGCGCCGGGUCGUGCCCUCCCGGGCGGCGAGUAGUAAUGCUGCUGACGGCGGGCGGCGGCGGCAGAGGCGGCGGCGGCAGCGGAGGAGGAGGAGGAGGAGGAGGAGGAGGUCGCAGGCAGCAGCCGCCCCUGGCCCAGCCUUCAGCCAGUCCCUACCGUGAGGCCCUGGAGCUGCAGCGCCGGAGUCUGCCCAUCUUCCAGGCGCGGGGGCAGCUGCUGGCCCAGCUUCGCAACCUGGACAGUGCUGUCCUCAUCGGGGAAACUGGCUCUGGGAAGACAACUCAGAUCCCUCAAUACCUCUAUGAAGCGGGUGUUGGCCGCCAGGGCAUCAUUGGUGUGACUCAGCCCCGUCGAGUGGCUGCCAUUUCUCUUGCUACUAGAGUCUCGGAUGAGAAGAGAACUGAACUUGGAAAGCUGGUUGGCUAUACAGUGCGCUUUGAGGAUGUGACCUCUGAAGACACCAGGAUCAAGUUCCUAACAGAUGGUAUGCUUCUGCGUGAAGCAAUUUCAGACUCCCUGCUUCGGAAGUACAGCUGUAUCAUUUUGGACGAAGCCCAUGAGAGGACUAUCCACACAGAUGUGCUCUUCGGAGUGGUGAAAGCAGCACAGAAGAGGCGAAAGGAGCUGGGGAAACUGCCCCUCAAAGUGGUGGUGAUGUCAGCUACGAUGGAUGUGGACCUGUUUUCUCAGUAUUUCAAUGGAGCACCUGUCCUCUAUCUGGAGGGUCGGCAGCAUCCAAUCCAGAUUUUUUAUACCAAACAGCCUCAGCAUGAUUAUUUGCACGCAGCUCUUGUCUCGGUCUUCCAGAUACACCAGGAAGCCCCUUCUUCUCAGGACAUCCUGGUGUUCCUCACUGGUCAGGAGGAGAUUGAAGCCAUGAGCAAGACCUGCCGAGACAUUGCAAAGCACCUCCCGGACGGCUGCCCUGCGAUGCUCGUCCUUCCUCUCUACGCCUCCCUGCCCUACGCACAGCAGCUCCGGGUCUUCCAAGGGGCCCCGAAGGGCUAUCGCAAAGUGAUCAUUUCAACCAACAUCGCUGAAACCUCCAUAACCAUUACAGGAAUAAAAUAUGUAGUUGACACGGGCAUGGUUAAAGCAAAGAAGUAUAACCCUGACAGUGGUCUUGAGGUGUUAGCUGUGCAGCGGGUGUCAAAGACCCAGGCCUGGCAGCGCACAGGGAGGGCUGGCAGAGAGGACAGCGGUGUCUGUUACCGGCUCUACACUGAGGAGGAGUUUGAGAAGUUUGAUAAGAUGACGGUGCCAGAGAUCCAAAGGUGUAACCUUGCAAGUGUGAUGUUGCAGCUCCUAGCAAUGAAAGUUCCAAAUGUGCUCACCUUUGACUUCAUGGCCAAACCAUCUCCAGAUCACAUUCAGGCGGCCAUUGCCCAGCUGGACCUGUUAGGUGCUCUGGAACAUAAGGAUGACCAACUGACCCUGACUCCAAUUGGAAGAAAGAUGGCGGCAUUUCCUUUAGAACCCAAAUUUGCCAAAACCAUCCUCCUGUCUCCCAAAUUCCACUGCACAGAGGAGAUUCUGACUAUUGUUUCUCUGCUGUCCGUGGACAGUGUACUCUACAACCCGCCUGCCCGGCGGGAUGAAGUGCAGAGUGUCCGGAAGAAGUUCAUUUCCAGUGAGGGGGAUCACAUUACCCUGCUCAAUGUCUAUCGGACCUUCAAAAACAUAGGUGGAAACAAGGACUGGUGCAAAGAGAAUUUCGUCAAUAGCAAGAAUAUGAUGCUAGUAGCUGAAGUCAGAGCACAGCUGAGGGAAAUCUGCUUAAAGAUGUCCAUGCCAGUUGUGUCAUCGAGAGGAGACAUGGAGAGCGUCCGCCGCUGCCUGGCUCAUAGCCUCUUCAUGAGCACUGCCGAGCUGCAGCCUGAUGGUACCUAUGCCACCACGGACACCCACCAGCCAGUGGCCAUCCAUCCGUCGUCUGUCCUCUUCCACUGCAAGCCGGCCUGUGUCGUGUACACCGAGCUGCUCUACACCAACAAGUGCUACAUGCGGGACCUCUGCGUGGUGGACGCUGAGUGGCUGUACGAAGCUGCCCCAGAGUACUUCCGGAGGAAGCUAAGGACCGCCAGAAGCUGAGCCAUCCAGGAGGCCCCCGGAUGGCUGGUGACUGGAGCUGGAACCAUGGCUGUCCUCGUAGCUAACUGCCGGGUUAGCACCUAGAGAAGCUGCAAGUGUCCCUGCAGCUGAAUGUGCUGACUUCCAGGAGCCUGAAAACAUCUUUCCUUAAACUCAGACUGAACUGUGUAGACGUGUACACAUCAUUUAUACCUUGGAGACUUCAGAGUUAUACUUUUGGUUCUUGCUGGGUGACUUUGGGUAACUUAAUUAAUUUGUGAGCCUCAUUUUUCUCAUCUGCCAAAUGGGGGAUAUUAACCAUAGCACUUGGCUCAUGAAGUCUAGAGAACAUGAUUGGAAAAUCCUCAGGGCUCUACCUGGCAUAGGACAGACAUAAGGUGAAUUAUGAGUCAUGUAUAAAGGCAUUGCUUUCUACAUGGUAAUGUGAA